AAUGAAUUUUUAUACGAUUUCUGAAAUAUGAAAUUGUUUGUCUUAUGGUUGCUAAACAGCUGUACUAUAUCUGGCUGUUGUGCUAUGGAAUUAUUUUUGAAUUUUGAGUGUUAACAAUUUAUUAUCUAUUUAUGAAUUAUAAAAUGUUAUGUAAAAUAAUUAUUUCUUAAAAUGAAUGUAGUUUAUAUUAUCUGUAUUUCUAAAUUUCUUAUAUAUAUAUUUCAGGUUUGUUUGCAAGAACAAGCUUCAACUUCAUCUUGUGAUAAAAUGCCAUCUAUUUGUGAAGGAUCUCAUGUUUGUUUGCAAGAACAGCCUUUAGCCUCAUUUUGCAAUGAAAUACCAUCUAUUUGUGAAGGCUCUGAUGAUGUUCUUUUAAGGAAUUUUAUAAAACAGCAGACUGAAUUGAUCUCGCUUCUGCAAUGCCAGAACAAAAUAUUACUGAAAGAACUUACAGCAACCAAAAAAAAAAAAAUGAAAUUAAUGUUUUAAAAAAAUGGCAUAGCACUGAAAUUCAACUUCAUGACCUUCAAGUACAGCAUGAGGAAUUGCUGAAAGGAGUGAAAACAUUUCUUUCAGAUGAACAAAUAGCAAUGUUGAAAAUUCCUCGUAGAAGCAUUGCAAAAUGGUCUAACGAGGGAAUAAUAAAAGGCCUCAAAGUUAGAUUUGCCUUGGGCAAGCAUGGUUAUAAUUACUUGCACAGAAUAGGUUUUCCUGUGCCUUCAUACAGCACUUUAAAUAAAAGACUUCAAGGUCUUGAAAUGAAUUUUGGAGUCAUCAGUGACAUGAUUGAACUUUUGAAAAUUAAAGGAGAAAAAAUGAAUGCUAGUGAUAAAGACUGUAUUUUAUCAUUGGAUGAAAUGGAGAUUUCUGGCAAUCCUGAUUUUGAUAUUUCAAAACGUAAAUUUAUUGGUAAAUGUACAUUAGGAAAUCAAAAGGGUGCAGGAAAUCACUAUUUAGUUAUUUUACUAAGAGGUUUGAAGCUGAAAUGGAAGCAAGUGGUUGCCCAUGAGA